AUGGCGGCGGCGGUGGAGAGCGUGGUGGUGGUCAACAACAUGGAGACACUGGCGCAGAGCAUGACAGCGUUAGGCAUAGCGGAGGUCGUCGUCAUCGGCCGCGGUGAUGUCAGCGCCUUCGACAGCCACGGCGCCACCUCGCACCUCCGCUUCAGCCACUUCACCUCCCUUGCCCUCGCCUGCGCAUACCUCAAGGCAAGCUAG